AUGGUUCUGGCCCAGCCGCCUUUGCAAUACAUAUUCACGGAGAGGGAAAGUUCCAAGUCCAGGCCGCGCGCGGGGCAAGAUAUACCAAGUUCCGGGUCCGAAUACCCUUAUAGCGGCUCUAGGAUACGCCGCAAACAGCCUGUUAUAGAUGAUUCCGGCCAAAGUCAGCUCACGCACUCCGGGCAGGCGCAUCUGGUCUUCCUCAUGACUACCUUCGAGAACGCUGAUGCUGAAGUCAUUGCACAGACCUUGAAAAAGAUUGCAACAGUCCAAGACAGCGAUGUGCCUGCAACAUUCAUAGCCACUCCUUCAGUUCCAAAGAAACGAGCCUCGAAGGCUGAAAUUCGACCAAGCGCCCUAAGAAACACGUCACACGCGUCGUUGGGGCCGGAACGCCAAAAGUCUUUACCAAUACCAGGACGUAAAGCCCAUCUUGAACAGGAUCAUCAACUCGCUCAACUAGAUCAGGAUGGACAGAGCAGAACGACGGAACGAGGAUCAAAAUCAAUGGAUGAGAGGCCGUUGCUGGACAAAGUUUCAGAAGAGCCUGACGUGAUGUUUGAUGACAACGAUAUCCCUCAUCACCAGCGUGUCGACUGUUCUCCCGAAAGUCCUGUUCUUCCACGUCCGCACCAAAGACAUUCUCGCCCGUUGCCGCCUGAUCCUGUCAAUCACUCCCGUGAAGCUUCGCCUCGACCUCAGUCCCGCAAUUUAACCCUCAAGGGUCCUCGGAGUAGACUAAUAAACGGACCGAUCAUCAUGGAGCAUGGUGGUUAA